CAUUCUAUCUAUAAAGUUACCAAAAAAUGUAUAUUCUAGUUUAAAAUAAAUCCGAAAUCUAAAAAAAAUAUUAAUAAAGAUUAAGAAGCAAGUUGAAAGUGUGCAGUAGUGCCAACCAAACGACAUUGUUUAAAGCAAAUUGUACGUCCAUAAGCCUCCGCAAUUCAAAUGUUAAAGCUUUUCAAGAUUUCCAUGUCACACAUCAUUUCGCCACCACUACUACCACCGCGUCGCACAAAAAGUAAGAAGUCAAAAUCACGAAAUCUCCACCAAACCACAUAUACACACAACCGCAUCGUGGUAUUGUGUCGCAACGACGCAUGUAUGCCAGCCGCCAGCCUAAGAAUACAGAGAUGAUCAUGCCGUCAGCGGAGGUGAAUUCAAUUUGCUGCCGUCAGUCCUGGUUGAUCGCUUUGUCCGCGUUUACUUUUAUAUGUAUGCUGCAAGUUGACCUCAACCGUGCCGCCUUUGAGGAAGGCAACAAUAACAAUGUGAAAAUCGCCGAACACAGCCUGGAACUAACACAGACCAUUAAUAUACAGCGACAGGAAUAUUUGCAGAAACAAUGUGAAACGUUGGGCUAUAGCGCUCGCACCCUGGAUGAUUUGACGGAUGAGCAAAUGGAUCAUAUGAUUGUGGAUAAGGAGCACAAGUUUCUUUACUGCUAUGUGCCUAAGGUGGCAUGUACAAAUUGGAAGCGUGUAUUGAUGAUCCUCACUGGAAAUUGGCAGAAUGGCACAGAUCCGUUACAAAUACCUGGUUCGCUGGCGCAUUCAGUGGGCAUGUUCCACAAGCUCAAUUCGCUCAGCGAUGAGGAGCGUGCUCAGGUGCUCUCCGAGUACACGCGCUUCAUAUUAGUGCGUCAUCCAUUAGAACGUUUGCUCUCCGCGUAUCGCAACAAAUUGGAGGGCGAUGCGCCGAGCGCGCGCUAUUUUCAGUCGCGUGUUGGCCGGCAGAUAAUAAAGGCUUUUCGUGCCGGCGCUAACAAUCACUCACUGGAGCAUGGCGACGAUGUCAGCUUUGCGGAGUUUGUGCAAUAUUUGCUUACGCCAGAGGUGAGCCGCACCAAUCAGUCGUAUAAUGAGCAUUGGGAACCUAUCUCGAAUCUCUGCAAUCCAUGUGUAAUGAAGUACAAUGUAAUAGGGAAAUAUGAGACGCUGUUAGAUGAUUCUUCUCUUGCAUUGUACUUGGCUGGUGCAGACAAUCUUACAUUCCCCACUGGUCACAAGCCAUCCAGUACACGUGCACAUUUGCGUUCAUACUUCGAUCCGUUACCCAUAAAUGCAAUACGACGACUUUAUGAGAUUUAUCUGGAAGAUUUUCGACUCUUCGAAUAUGGCUUGGAAGAUGUGCUAGGUUUUGAGUUUGGAUGACUCUAUAUGCGUUCUUCGUAUAUGCGAUAUUUCAAUAUCAGUUACUCAGAUGGAUUUUUUCACCUUGUGAAAAAACAGUUAUUCAACAAUGACGCUUUAUUUUUAAUAUUUGUGAUGAUAUGAAUGAAUGAAUUUUGAAAUAUGUUUUACAAUUUAAAUUAAU